UUGGCCAUCUACUAAUAGAAGAAAAGAAACAGAAAGACAGCGAACCGUCAACCCUCCGUAGGUAGCUGUCAAAUUCACCAAACAAGUUUUCAACCACUUCAAAAAACCAGCGUUUUAAACACCUUUUUCAACCAUAUCUUCACCUCUGUUGAGGUUUAUUUUGGUCGGAGUUGAGGAAGUUUUCAGCUUAUAAAAUGUUCCGCUGAGUUUUUCGAGUGCGUCGACGUUUCCGAUGAGGUUCUUCGAUGGUGGUGUUAUUUACAGUAGAUGUUCAACGCUGGAUUUGGUUGUAUUCUUCUCUACCUGGACAACUAGUGUUUUUCUUUAAUAAAAGCAAGGAGGUUUUUGUCUUAAAGUACAAAGGAAAGGAAUCUCGGGUCACAUGGAUACAGUCAUACAGGGAACAAAUAGAGCAAACUUAUUUACAAUAAGUUGACUUGAAGAUUGUGCUACACAAUUGAUUAGCAAAGCAUAUGAGGUGGAAUAUGUUGUUGAUGCUUGUAUAAACAAAGGCGUUCCUUAUUGGUGCCUCGAGCGUUGGCUCCUGGAUAUCAUAAAGGAGAUGACUAGUAUCAAAGCGGAGAUUCAGGGAAAGAACAUGGUUGAGGAUACAAUGAAGACUGUCACUGCUCGUACGUCAUCACAUUUGGCAAGGACUCCAAGGAUUAAUGAAGAAAUUGUGGGGUUUGAGGAUGUAAUAGAAAAUUUAAGAAAUAAACUACUGAAUGGAACCAAAGGACAAGAUGUCAUCUCAAUUCACGGCAUGCCGGGUCUAGGUAAGACGACUUUGGCCAACAGACUCUAUUCUGACAGGCUAGUUGUCUCUCAAUUUGAUAUUUGUGCACAGUGUUGCGUGUCUCAAGUAUAUUCGUACGAGAACUUGUUAUUGGCCUUGCUACGUGAUGCUAUUGGUGAGGGUUCUGAACUUAGAGAACUUCAUGCCAGUGAAUUAGCUGAUAUGCUUCGCAAAUAUUUAUUGCCCAGAAGGUACCUUAUCUUUGUUGAUGAUGUGUGGCAAAAUAGUGCUUGGGAUGAUUUAAGAGGCUGUUUUCCGGAUGCCAAUAACAGAAGCAGAAUCAUUCUGACAACGCGACAUUAUGAAGUUGCCAAAUAUGCUAGUGUUCAUAGUGAUCCCCUUCAUCUUCGUAUGUUUAACGAUGAUGAAAGUUGGAAGUUGCUAGAAAAGAAAGUGUUUGGUGAAGAAAGUUGUUCCCCUCUGCUAAUAGAUGUUGGGAAACGAAUAGCAAAAAUGUGUAAACAACUCCCUCUUUCAAUUGCGUUAGUGGCUGGUAUUCUCAAAGAGAUGGAAAAGAAAGAAGAAUGUUGGAAAAAAAUGGCUGACAAUUUAGGUGUCCACAUUCGCAGUGAUUCAAAGGCCAUUGUAGAACAAAGUUAUCAGGAUUUACCUUCUCAUCUUAAGCCUUGCUUCCUUUAUUUUGGAGCAUUUUCUGAAGACGCUGUGAUUAACAUCUCAAAGUUGACAAGGUUAUGGAUAUCAGAAACAUUUAUCAAAAGUUGUGAAGGCAAGAGUUUGGAGGAUAUAGCAGAAGGUUACUUAGAGAAUCUUAUUGGACGAAAUCUUGUGAUGGUUGCUAAAAGGGUUGAUUCAGAUGGUAAGGUCAAAGCAUGUCGUCUUCAUGAUGUAUUGCUCGACUUCUGCAAGGAAAAAGCAAGAGAGGAGAAUUUUCUACUAUGGAUAAAACGGGAUCAGAGUGCCAAUCCUUCAUGUGUUUACUCUUACAAGCAGUAUGCUCGCUUGGCCUUUACUGAAGUGCAUAAUCUUCUAGAAUGGAGCUCUUCUUGCUCACUUGCCGGCUCUAUACUUUCCAAGAAGGACGCAACAUACUUUGCCCAUCGUCGCUUAUCCUCACGCACUUUUGCAAUUUCACGUAUUUUACAGAAUUUCAAGUUUCUAAAAGUGUUGGAUUUGGAGCACCACAUUGUUAUUGAUUUUAUUCCAACUGAGCUUGUUUACUUGAGGUAUUUCUCCGCACAUAUUGAUCAGAAUUCAAUUCCUUCAACCAUAUCCAAUCUUUGGAACCUUGAAACUCUUAUAUUAAAACGUAGAAGAUAUUUGCGGCGUUGCGUGCUACCACUACCUCAUACAGUUUGGGAGAUGGUUAAACUGAAGCGUUGCGUGCUACUACUACCUCAUACAGUUUGGGAGAUGGUUAAACUGAAACAUCUGCAUAAUCCCGACUUCAGCACAGGAAAAGCAGAAGCAUUACUCGAGAACUCCGCAACACUUUUUUAUUUGGAAACCCUUUCCACUCCAUAUUUUUCUGGUUUUGAGGAUGUGGAACUGAUGUUGAGAAAAACACCUCAUCUUCGAAAACUGAUAUGCGAAGUCGAGGGUGAGUUAGAAUACUCUCAGUACCAUGUUUUGGAUUUUCCAACACCGCUUGAAAUACUAAAGAUUUAUCGUUCAAAAGAUCCCUUUAAAUGCAUCCCCUUUUGCAUCUCCGCACCAAACCUCAAGUGCCUGAAACUAUCUGGAUUUUACCUGGAUCCUCGAUACUUAUCAGAAAUUGCUCAGCUGAAGAACCUUGAGGUACUCAAACUGUACUACGUUGAGUUUGGCUACCAUAGGGAAUGGAAAGUGAGCAAUGACGAGUUCCCUCAACUUAAAGUCUUGAAACUAGUUUGGUUAGCUUUCUUUGAUGAAUGGAUUGUCGCAGAUGAUGCCUUUCCUAACCUUGAACAAUUGAUUUUGCGUGGAUGCCGGGAUCUUAAGGAGAUCCCUUCUUCUUUUGGGGAAAUCUCUUCUCUAAAGUACAUUGAGGUAGAGAAUUGCAACGAGGCCGUUGUCAAUUCAGCCAGGGAUAUCCAAGAAACACAAGUUGAAGAUUAUCAAAAUACUAUUUUCAAUCUCGUCAUAAGCAAGAAAAAGGUGCUGAAAUUAGACAUUUACGGUGAGGAAAAGGUAUUUAAGGUAUUUAGAGCUAUAUGCGGUAUCCCAGGGGUAGAAGCUAUUGCACUUGAUAGGAUAGAGAAGAAAAUAUUAGUGACAGGAAAUGCGGAUGCUUAUCAAGUUCAAUCAGUUGUGGGGAAACUGAGAAAGUUGCGGAAACUGAGGAAGUGUGGCAACUGUAACCCUUGGUGGACUAAACCAUGGCGGAUUUGCAGAAAAUAAGAUUGAAGAUGGGAAAAGAAAGAGACCAUAAGGUGUAAUUUCAUUCCUCACAUCCCACACCUACGAUUUACUGUGAUUUUUAUAUGCUAACAAUCUAGAGCUUUGAAAGGGACUUAAAUGAAAACUAUUCUGAAGUAAGGACUAAACUGUAAACAUAACUUCCUAACAGCUCCUAACUCACCAAUGUGAUAUAGUCCUUGUGCACAAGUUGAGGCGCCUACUUGUGCACACCCAAAGUUGGAGGGUAUAAUUGCCAACUGAGGCCGAGUUUGAGGGCC